CGUUCAAACCGCCUCGAGUGUGUUUACAAACUGUUGUUGUGCGUUUAAGCGGUUAAAAUAUGAGUCGACGCUGUUUUUUCAGAUGCGAUAACAAAACAACACUUUAUGCCCUUCCUAAGGCAGAGGAAAUCAAAAAACAGUGGUUAGAGUUUAUGUUUCAUACGAUUCCGGCACAGUACAGUCAGAAGUUGACUCUAUGCUCUCGGCAUUUUCUCAACGACUGCUUCGUAAACCGCAACGAGUUCGAAGCUGGAUUUGUACAACGUCUCAUCCUGAAAGAUGGGUCGGUUCCUACUUUGUUUGGUUUUCAAGCUGGUACAUCCACACCCCUCUUCACUGUACGCAGCAGUAAUGAUGUUGAAUGCCAAACUGAUCCUAUACCUGCGGUGUCAGUGGGCAUACAGCACAAGGAAAAACUGAAAUCGGUCAGCACACAAUUGUCCUGGGGUACACUGAGGGAGUGCCAUUAUAGGAGCAAAGGAACCCAGGCAGGAUCUUCGUGUCUCAACGUUUUCACUAAAACACCUUCAAAAUAUCCAAAUUUCCAAUUUUCAAUCUCUUCAACGCCUUUUAAGCCCACUGAUUUUAAUCCAAGGAAAAGACCACGUCUAGAGUUGAAGGAGGAAGAGACUGAGUGGGAAAUACCAUGUGCAUCUAAUGACUUCACAUGCAAGUCAGAAGACACGUCCGUUACUGAAGAAUCUGAAUUACCACACGUGCAAAGGUCCUCGUGCGGUGAAAGAAAAUACAUUGUAUUUGAAAGCUGCCUCAGAGACUUGUUUGACAUCUGUCCACUUUGCCGGAGUAAGUGUGAUGUUCAUCAACAGCAAGCGGGUACUUUCGUGUCAUUCAAUCAGCUUUGCCCAAAUUGUAAUUACAACAAACAGUGGAAUAGCCAGCCCAUUGCUGGAAGUACACCAACGGGAAACCUCCUUCUGUCUGCUGCUACGUAUUUCACUGGCACAUCAUUCGCCGAGAUAGAAAAGGUUUUCCAGGCCAUGCAUCUCCAGGUUUUCCAAAAUGACACAUUCAAGAAACAUACAAGGAAUUUCUUGGAACCAGCCAUAGUCCACAAGUGGAAAACCGACCAGGCGGAUAUGCUUAUGGAGUUGCAGAGAAAAGAUAAAAUUGCAGUUGCUGGAGAUAUGAUAGGAGACGGACCCACAGCAAGGUAUGGUAGCUACGUGCUACUCAACCUGGACACUAACACCAUUAUCGACCUUCAGCUUGUUCAGAGCAAUGAAGUUCAAGGAAGCUAUUACAUGAAGAAGGAGGGCCUAAAGCGUUCCCUAGAUGUUUUGGAAGCAAAUGGUUUAGCGGUGGAUUACAUUGUGACCGAUCGACAUCCACAAAUCCAAACGUAUUUGAGAGAGCGCAGUAUUACACAGUACUAUGAUGUGUGGAAUUUUGAAAAAGUUUUGUCUAAGAAACUACACCUUCUGGCACAAAAAAAGGACUGCGGGGUUUUAAAGAAAUGGAUGCGCAGUAUUAAAGAUCACAUUUAUUGGAGUGCAACAUCUUCUUCAUCUGGACCCGAGAAGGUGGCAAAGUGGACCUCCCUGAUAAACCACCUUCAAAAUGUUCAUGUCCACGAUGACCCUAUUUUUCCCAAAUGUGAACAUGCAGACCAAGAGUCUAAAGAUUCAAAGAAAUGGUUACAAUCAGACUCAAUGGUUCUACGUCAAGUUGAAAAAAUCUUAGUCAACGAGAGAGUCCUCAGGGAUGUCGCUAAGCUGAGCCAUCACCACCAAACAUCAUUCAUGGAGCCCCUCCAAAGCCUAAUUCUCAGAUUUGCGCCAAAGAAUGUGAUUUUCCCAUUUCUUAGAAUGCUGUGCAGAUUGUACCUUGCUACCAUGCAUUACAAUGAAAAUGCAGACUGUGAGCAAUCGGUAACAUCUGCAGGAAAGGCUAGGAGCGGGGAAUCCACUGAAAGGCCAACAAAAACAGAACCGACAUACCGUUAUGUGGAUGACCUGAUCAGUCUUGUGCUUGAUGAGAUAUCCGAGGACCCAGUACCAUAUUUAGAACAGCUUAACGAAAUCCCGAUUCCAAUGGACCUGGCAUCACGGAUUGAAAGACCUGUGAAGGAGGAGGUGACUGAACACGAUAUCUCGCCCUUCGUUGAAGUGGUGGUCGGAAGCCAACGUGAUGACCAGCCUGCUUACCAACGUGAUGAUGACCAGCCUGAUUACCAAUGUGAUGAACCGCCUGAUUACCAACGUGAUGACUCGCCUGAUUACCAACAUGAUGACCAGCUUGAUCAGGAAACUCCUAGUAUAUCCGGAGAACAAUACGCAACGGGAUGA